AUGCCCGUCCGUCCACAGUAUGCGGCGCAAUCCCGCGCCCACUUCCGCGAAACGCAUGAGGAGGUCUCCUUCCUCAGCGAAGGCUCAAACGGCGAGUGUUUCCUCGCGAUCAAGGCUUCCGACGUGGACGAAAUCCUCGAGGACUACGCCGUCGACGAAUCGAUGGACGUCCUAAUCAAGAGGCUGCGGGACAGCCUCGUGGUCGCCAAGUUCUACAAACCCCGCCGGGACAACCUUGACAAGCAGGACGUGCAAGAUGAGAUCAACUUCCUCCGGUCUUUGCCAGCCAAUAGGCCCGAGGUGACGAGUCUGGUCGACUACAGCUUGGGGGAAGAGGCUCAGUGGUUCACUAUGAAGUACGUCCCGGGCUCGACACUUUGCAACUUGGUCCGGGAUUGUCACAAAGACCUCUCGACCGGCUUGCAGUGGCACCUCGCGCUCGGCAUCUGUACACGGACGUUGAAAAGGUAUGGCGAUCUUCAUUCCGCGAACCUGCUCAUCCGGCCCGCGAGCUCUCUCUGGGGUCUGGAAAUCGUUCUUGCUGACUUCGGCCGAGCAGAGACACAACCCGACACGAGAAUACGCGAGGACGACUUUCGAACUCUGCGGAAUGACGACUACCAAUGGCUAGGCGUCUUGAUGGAAUCCAUCCUGAUUGCCAACAAGGUCGGGAAAGGCUACCGCUAUUGUUGGCACGAAGGCGUCAAUCCAGACUGCGAGAUCUGCCUCGACAAAGCUCGUCUCCCGACACUCUCCACCUCGGAGAAACUGCUGGUGAAGUGGGCGAAGAAGUUCCGGACGCUCGAGGUGAGCAAUGAUGACGAUCUGCUCGAGCUCUUGAAGGAGUUUGCCGAAGUGGCGAAGACGCAGGAGGCGCUCCAUGGGACUAGAUUGAACCCGCGUGUGGAGGAGUAUCUCGAGGGUCAGGGCCUCAGCGAAAACGAGAUUUUGGAGAUUGUUGGCAUGUAA